CUUAAAUUCAAGUUGAUGUUUUGAUGCCACAGAGUCGCUGUUAAUCCUCUCGGAAUCCGCUACGCAGGGACAGACUGAGGAAACGGGAAAGAAGGCGACCUGAACGGCACAGGACUGCAGGAGAGGCUCAGACACAACCUAGAGAGAACAGGCUCAGCAAACAGUGAGCCGCAGCGGCACUUCAGCCCGCACAGUCGCAGGAAGGCUGCGCUCCCAGCUGCCCAGGAUGAGGCUGCUCUUCCCUGCCCUCGUCCUGGCCCUGCUCGCUGCCGUCCGUGCUGCCGAAGACUCCUGCGUGGGCCGUUGCGAUGAUGGCUUUGACGAGAAGCGCAAGUGCCAGUGCGACACCCUCUGCAUGUACUACCAGAGCUGCUGCAGCGACUACUCCACAGCCUGCAAAGCCAAAGUGACCCGGGGAGACGUGUUUGCCUUGCCGGAGGAUGACUACCUCGACUACAACUUCACCAUCAACUUCCCCACGGAAGCGGACACUGCAGAACCCAUCACAGAACUGCCCACAUCUCUGUUGCCGGAGCAGCCCACACCACAGAUGGACCCUGAGGAGGUACCAACAGAGGUACCCAUGGAGGAGUUGCCCAGCACCACGCUGGAUGGGUUGGAGGAGCAGGACCCUGAAGAGCUGUGCAGCGGGAAACCUUUUGAUGCCUUCACUGACCUGAAGAACGGUUCCCUUUACGCUUUCCGAGGGAAGUACUUCUAUGAGCUGGACAAGACAACCGUGCGGCCUGGCUACCCCAAGCUCAUCAGCGAUGUCUGGGGCAUCGAGGGCCCCAUCGAUGCAGCCUUCACACGCAUCAACUGUCAGGGCAAGACUUACCUGUUCAAGGGCAGCCAGUACUGGCGCUUUGAUGAUGGAGCCCUAGACCCUGGGUACCCACGCGACAUCUCCGAGGGCUUUGAAGGCAUCCCGAACAACAUCGACGCAGCCUUCGCCCUCCCCGCGCACAGCUACCGCGGCAACGAGAGGGUCUAUUUCUUCAAGGACAAGUACUACUGGUCCUACGACUUCGCAAACCAGCCCACGCAGGCCGACUGUGAGAAGACCUCCCCCUCAACCGUGUUCAACCACUACGCCUUCAUGAACCGCGACAGCUGGGAGGACGUCUUCCACAUCCUCUUCGGUGGCAGGACGAUUGGGGCGAGCAGGCGGCGGUACAUUAGCCAGGACUGGCGCGGGGUGCCCAGCCGGCUGGAUGCCGCCAUGGCCGGCAGGAUCUACGUGGCCUCCCAGGAGCCCCGGAGGAGGAAGUCUCGCCGUCAGCGCAAGAGGUACAAGAACCACCGCUCACUGAAUUUGGGUUUCUGGACCUGGCUGCAAAAUGAUUCCGACUCCACGGAUGCCGAGAGUGACUGGCUGUCAGGAUCCAAGUGCGAGACCCUCCAGAGUGUCUACUUCUUUGUAGGAGACAAGUACUACCGCGUCAACCUGCGCACCAAGCGCGUGGACCUGGUGCAGCCACGCUACCCGCGCUCCAUCGCCCAGUACUGGCUGAAAUGCCCGCAGCCUGGGGAGGAGAGCGUCUGAGCGGCACCCCCGGAGCCGCCCGCCCGGCCACCCAGCCCCCAGCUAGACAGAAAUAAACCGUGAGCGCCGCGCAGGCUGGAGAGCUCUGUCUGUC